AUGGAGACAAUAUCUGUGUCAACAGUUAAAAAAAGAAAAUUAAAUUACGAUGAGCCUUCAACAAGCUCUUCGGAAUUAAAACAAAAAAAAACUUGCAGAAAAUAUUGUCCGGAAUAUUUGCAAAUUGGAUUUACGUGGAGCGGAGACGAAGAAAAUCCACGACCACAAUGUGUUAUUUGUGGAUGUAUACUUGCAAAUGAGAGUAUGCGACCAAACAAAUUACAUCGACAUAUCGAUACGAACCAUCCAGAAAUAAAAGGACAUGACAAGUCAAUAAGAGCUAAAGAAGAAUUAAUCGAACUAUUUGAAGAUAGUGUGUUUAAAAUGAAUUUCAAUCGAAAAAAAUUAAUAAGUAUCUGGUUAUCAGUUCAAGAAAAUUAUCCAACUGUUUCCAAUGAAGCUGUAAAGAUGCUACUCCCAUUCAUUUCAUCAUAUAAUUGUGAGGUUGGUUUUUCGGCAAUGGUUGCUAUUAAAACCAAAUUACGGAGCAAAUUGAAACUUUCAAACUCACUGCGUCUCAAGCUUACCAAUGCUGAAGUGGAUAUCGAUGAUGUGAUGAAAAAAAAUAGGAAACAAUUACAUCCUUCACAUUAA